UUUCAGAACCAAUCCCAUCAAUGAAAUCGUGGUUUCAGUUUUCAAUUCUUCUAGUACUUGGUUUUUCUGCUGCUAUUCAAGAUGAUAAUGAACUAAUUGGGCAACCGGAAAUUCAAUGCAAUGCUGAUACUAUUGAUAUGCAAUUUAGGACAAGAAAGCAGUUCAAUGGAAAAGUUUACGUGAAAGGAAGUUACAAUAGGCCGGAGUGUCGAGUGGAUUAUAGUACGAAAGAUCAGUUUGGAAGGCCAGUUGGCGGCAUCAAACUGAAUCACGGUGCUUGUAACAUGGAUAGACAAAGAAUGAUUGCACCAGAAGGAAUGAUGUUUUCAACUGUGCUAAUAAUAAGUUUUCAUCCAUUGUUUUUAACAAGAAUGGAUAAGGCUUACCAUAUUCGUUGCAUGUAUAAAGAAGCGGCCAGGACCGUAACUGCUGCGAUAGAUGUCAGUAAUCUUCCUACUGAAUCAGUUCAAUCUGACCUUCCUAUGCCAACAUGCAGUUAUACAAUCCGCCGGGACCAACUGGAUGGUCCCAUUUUAAAAUAUGCAAAGGUUGGAGACCAAGUGGUUCAUAGAUGGCAAUGCGAUUCAGAAGAUUACGGGCUACUCGUUCAUAGUUGUUACGUCGAAGAUGGUCAAGGAGAGAAACAAAUGAUAAUUGACGAGAGAGGAUGUCACACUGAUCGAUUACUACUAGGAGAUCCUACUUAUGUGGAAGCAUUAAACAUGGCCUACAGAGAAUCUUUUGUUUUCAAGUUUGCAGAUAGAAUUGCAGUGAGAUUCCAAUGUGAGAUUAGAUUAUGUUUGAAAGAUGAUGGUGGCUGUGAUGGAAUUACGCCACCAAUGUGCUCAUUCAAAGAUGCCAACAGCAAUGAGAAACAAAUAGUCAAACGUAAUGCAAGAACCUUCAAACCAAAAGAUGCUGAUAUGUUUUCUCAAACCGUGUAUGUGAUGGAUAAAGAAAAUGGAGAUAGCACAUCUGCCCAGGCAGCCGAAAUUCGAGAGCUGGAUCCUCAAACAAUCUGUCUUGCACCCAAACUUUUAGUGGUUGCGGUCACAUUUUUCACAUUUAUAUUUGUUCUUUUUGUGACAACUAUUCUCGUUGUAGUUUAUCAUCGUUAUUGUAAAAAUGAGAUUAAGAACGUAGUACGUGAGUACUACUGAUUGUUAUUUUUGCACUUAUUUGUCAUCAAAUUUUUAAAUUCAUUUCGGGUUAACAAAAGUGUUUGAUUUACUUAUCAUAGGGACAAAUUCUAUCUUUCCAAUUACUUUCAAGUUCUUUCAUUUUGUUCAGUUUUUCUUUCUUCGGUCAAUAAAACAGUUCUAUCAAUCAA